AUGGAUACGGCACAAGCAAUUCAAACAAUGAAUGAUAUAAUUAGACCUGCUAAUGAUCAUCUAAUGGAUUUAACACUUUUCUAUAAGCAUCGAAUCAUAUCAAGAGACACCUACAUCCAACAUUGUACAAUACUAUUUAAUGAACAUAUAGCAAACUAUUUAUUGUCAGCAGCCGAUACAAGAAUACAAAACCCAAAACCACUACCAAAGCAAUACAAUAUCAACGAACUUCUUUCUGUUACCGAACAUUUACAAUCUAUUAAACAUUCAUACAUGCCAUAUCUAUUUAGAAAUCCAAAUAUCUAUCCUCAACCAAAUAAUAAUAAUAAUCAUCAACAACAGAUAAUAUAA